AUGAGUUACGUUAAUACUAAAACCCGAACCAUGUUAGUGCUUGUUGUGACACUUUUAAUGGUGAUUGCAUAUCAUGAGGGAGAAGCCAUAGUGUGUUCACAGGUAAAUAUGUUCUUAGCACCAUGUUUGCCUUAUCUAAAAGCUGGAGGAGCUCCUUCUCCACAGUGCUGUGGCGGACUUAAUAGCCUAAAAGCCGCUGCACCCGGGAAGCCCGAUAAACAAGUAGCUUGUCAAUGCUUGAAGAGUGCAGCUAAUACAAUCCCCGGAAUCAAUGAUGACAAUGCCAAACAACUCCCUGCUAAAUGUGGUGUUGAUUUGGGGGUUCCUUUCACUAAGACUGUGGACUGUAACAGGUACGCUAUUGCAAUUUCUUUCUGCUAA